AUAGUGGGCGCGAAUUCGAUGAGCAGCGGCACCAUGGUCCACCCUCCUCCCAGACAGUCUGUGUUUGUGUGCGGCUGCCUCCAACCACGUUAGGUGAGCGAGAUGUCGAAAAGGAAAAGCAGCGCUGUAGGAGACAACCCCAACAAACGGGUCAGACCUGCUGCGGAGGAAGACGUGGAGGAUGAAGACAGUGACCAGGAAGAGCCAGCACAGAAUGGACAGGUGCAGUGUGCUGGUGAGGUGGUGAGUGAUGCAGGGAUUGUGGAGAGCAUCACACUGAAGAACUUCAUGUGCCACUCUCUCCUUGGCCCGUUCACGUUUGGUUCCAAUGUCAACUUCGUAGUCGGCAAUAAUGGAAGUGGAAAAAGUGCCAUUCUGACAGCUCUCAUAGUUGCCUUAGGCGGGAACGCACAUGCCACAAACAGAGGUUUAUCCCUCAAGGGUUUUGUGAAGGAAGGAGAAAGCUCUGCUGAUGUAUCGAUAACCCUGCGUAACAAAGGAAGGGACGCUUACAAACCUGAGGUGUAUGGUACAGCCAUCAUUGUAGACCUGAGAAUAACACGUGAGGGGUUGAGAACCUAUAAACUGAGGAGCAAGUCAGGUCAAAUUGUCUCAACCAAAAAGGAAGAGCUGUUGUAUAUCCUGGACAAUUUUAACAUACAGGUCAACAAUCCUGUGUCAGUUCUCACUCAGGAGAUGAGCAAAUACUUCCUACACUCAAAAGGAGAGGGGGACAAAUACAAGUUUUUUAUGAAAGCUACCCAACUGGAUCAGAUGAGAGAGGACUUUGUUUACAUCAAAACCACCAAGCAUGUCACAGAGGAUAAAGUCGAGCAACAUAGUGAAUGCUUGAAAGACUUGAAGCGGAAGUACCUGGAGAAAGAGGACCGUUACAAGAGCAUGGCAUCUUUGGAUGAAAUGCACACCAAACUGGAGGAGUUGCAGAAGCAAAUGGCCUGGGCUUUGGUGAUUGAGAUGGAGAAGGAGUUGGAGCCAAUUAAAGAGAAGCUGCAGUCAGACAGACAUUCUACAGAGAAAUAUGAUGAGAAGGUGGAUGAAUGGAAGAACAAGGUCGAGGAAGCUGAGAGGAAAUCAAGGCAGAUCCAGGAAAAGUUGGAGGGGAUCACACAGCAAGUCCAAGAGCUCCAGCCCAAAUGCGCCGAGCUCAAGACUGAGGCCCAGAGAAGAAAUACCCUUCUCAAGUCUAGUGAGGUCACUGUCCACAGAUUCAAGGCUAACCUGAGGGACCUGGAAAAGGACAAGGUUCAGCUGUCCUCAAGGAUAAAUGAUCUCAAACUGAGCAUCAGCCAGACAUCAGGAGCGGAAAGCCAGGCCAGGACGGAGCGUACGGGGCGGAUACAGGCUGAGCUCGAAAACAUGGGUCACCACAUCUCCACUCUCAGCCAGCAGAUUGACCAAUAUCAGCAUGUCUGCAACGGUGCCAAGGAAGAACAAGUAAAAAUAAGGAGAGAGCUUGAAGUGCUUCAGAGGUCCAUCGAGGCCAAGAGAAGGAACCUGCAGACUAUGGAGAGCAGUCGCUCCAAUCGCCUGCGGCGUUUUGGAGAGCACAUGCCUGCACUCCUCAACGCGAUCCAGGAAGCUCACAGAAAGGGCCAGUUAAAGCACAAACCUCGGGGGCCUCUGGGAUACCAUAUUAGCCUGAAGGACCCAGAGUUAGCCUUGUCUGUCGAAGUAUGUCUUAAAGGGCAGCUGCAGGCCUUCACUUGUGAUAACCAUGACGAUGAGAAGGUGCUGCAGGGCCUCAUGUCCAAAGUGUUCCCAACUGGCCGUAGACCUGCCAUCAUCACCAGCAGUUUUCUUUCAGUAGUCCAUGAUACAAGAAGGAGGGGCGUGAAUCACCCUGAAUACCCCUCCGUGCUUCAAGCUCUAGAAAUUGAAGACCCAGUUGUGGCAAACUGCUUGAUUGAUCAAAGGGGUAUAGAGAGCAUUCUACUCAUCAAGAAUCGGACAGAUGCCCGGAGAGUGAUGCAGAGCAGAAACCCUCCUCAGAACUGUACCCAGGCCUUUUCAAAAGAGGGAGAUCAGAUCUUCAAUAACCGGAAUUACACUGCUGAGCAGACCAGGGCCAACUAUCUGUCGGGAGAUGUUGAGGAGGAGAUCAGGCACUUGCAGGAGGAGAUAGAGAACCAGAAAGCUCAGGCAUCUCGAUACCAGGAACAGAUGAAAAAGCUAGAUGAUCACAUCAAACAGAACGAAGGGCUGCUGAGAAGAACCCAAGUAGAGCAGAAGACUACCAAAGAUAAGGCCACAAAGCUACAGCUGGAGCUGACGGACCUACAAAAUAUGGAAGAGCCUCAGUCAGAGGACCUCAAUCCACUGGAGGAAGAUCUUCAAGAGAUUGUGUCUAAGAUAUCGUCCAAGCGUGCCGAGUACGAUGAGGCCCGCGCUCAGAUGGCUGACUUAAAGGCGUCCUAUGAGAAGGCAGAGCAGGAGUACAAGCAGCACAAAGAGCAGAUCAACACCUUCGCUGAGGAAGCAGACCCAGUCAAGGAGGAGCUGAGUAAAGCUGAUCAGGAUGUGAUGAAGUGCAAACAUCACAAGAAACACUAUGACGAGAAACGCAGUGCCCAUCUCCGCAACAUACAGACCUUUGAAGCCAACCAGCAAAGCAAAGAGCAGGACCUUCAGGCAUCCGUGGCCAAGGCUACAAAAAUCUGUCCAGAGCGCCUAGAAGUAAGACGGACAGCUAGGAGUCUAGACAGUGAGAUCAACCGACUCAAGGUGAAGAUCACUACCCAGCAGGAACAACAGGGGGACCGCGAGGAGGUUGUGAGGCAGUAUCAUGAAGCUCUGGAGAACUACAAGAACAUGGCACAGCAAGUGAAGUACCUCAACAGCUUCAUCAAAAGUCUUGACAGUGUUAUGAACCACAGACUCCAGGUGUAUGCUCAGCUCAGGAGAUUCCUCUCGGCCCGCUGUAAAUACUAUUUUGAUAGCAUGCUGGCCCAGAGAGGCUACACUGGAAGUAUGGCCUUUGACCACAAGAAUGAAACCCUCUCCAUCUCGGUGCAACCAGGCCAAGGAAACAAGGCUGACUUGAGUGACAUGCGCUCUCUGUCUGGAGGCGAGCGCUCCUUCUCCACUGUUUGCUUUGUUCUCUCUCUUUGGGCCAUCACAGAGGCGCCUUUCCGCUGUCUUGACGAGUUUGAUGUUUACAUGGACAUGGUGAACAGGAGGAUAUCAAUGGACAUGAUGCUGAAGGUGGCUGCUGGUCAACGCUACAGACAGUUCAUCUUCCUGACCCCACAGAGCAUGAGCUCUCUUCCGGUGAGUAAAAUCAUCCGCAUCCUCCGUCUCAAAGAUCCAGACCGUGGCAACAACACACAGAGAAGUCAAGACGAGGAGCAGUAGUGUUGCUACUGCUAUCCUGGCUUCGGUCUUGAGAAAGAUUACUUUUCUAAGUGACUGGAAGCUAUACAUAUUGUUUAAAGUUCUGUUUAAUAGGCAGUUUAAUGUUUUGUAAGGGGAUUUUUUUUUUUAUAUCCCCUGCCAAAUGUUAAAUGGCUCAAAAAUGGACAAAUUGAAAAGUUGUCGAUGUCAUUGUAAGAAAUAUUUAAAAUUCAUUAAACCAAAUCAAAUUGCA